AUGGAGAAAGGACUACCGCUGGCCGGAGGCCCUCCUGCCACAGCACCAUCCCGAACCACCGCCUUCACAGCCCGCAAGGCCAUCAUUGGCUUCAUUCUGGGCUAUCUUGUCAUCUCAACAUGGCUCAAUCAUGGUCCGACGUUCUCAAGGCAUAGCUGUCAUCACAAGAAACAUAAAGGCCAUAAUCGCUAUGAAGGCGAGAAGAUCUCCUGGAAGCCAUGCGGCGACGUCAGUGGGCGUGAAGUAGAAUGCUCCAACAUUACUGUCCCAAUGGACCAAUUCAACGCCACGAACUCUGGGAACAAGACCUUCAGCAUUCCACUUGUGAGACUGAGAGGCAAAAACGCUACGCAAAAUGUCCUACUCAACCCCGGAGGUCCCGGAGGAUCCGGUGCUGAGUUCAUUUUCCGUCGCGGGAAGCAGUUGCAGGAUAUCGUUGGCGAAGGGUUCCAUCUACUGUCCUUUGAUCCAAGAGGUAUCAAUGGAUCUCUCCCGCUCGCAUCGUGCUAUCCGACUCAGGAAGCGAGACUUGAGCUCAGCGGUGUCAGAGACACGGAGGUGAUUCACGAUAGUCCGGAAGUCUUUGCCUGGACGCAGAACUUCGUGAAAGCUUGUGCUGAAACAAUGGACGAGCACGGUGCUUAUAUCAACACGCCGCAAGUUGCUGCUGAUAUGAACAGCAUUCUUGACGCCAUCGGACAGGAGAAUCUGUGGUACUGGGGCUUCUCAUACGGCACGAUCUUGGGCCAGACCUACGCCUCCCUCUUCCCUGAAAGGAGCGAGAGAGUCAUCAUCGACGGCGUGGCCAACAACUUCGUCUGGUACGGCGACUUCUUCGACACUGAGCAAUUCACCAACACCGAAGACGUGCUCGAGGGAUUCUUCGACGAGUGCAUCAAAGCCGGCAAGAACUGCUCCCUCACCGCUCUAGCCGAGACGAAGGAAGAUCUCCAUAACAUCGUCUUUGCCAAGCUUGCAGAAAUCCAACAACAACCGCUCAGCGUCUACGUCAAUAGCACCCUCUAUGGCACCCUGACGUACCCAGACCUCAUGUUCAACGGCAUCUUCCCCAUCCUCUACGGUCCCUCCAGAUGGUACGGUCUCGCCAAGAACCUCGCCGACCUCCUCUCCGGGAACGCCACAUCCACCUUCCUAGCCUACGGCAACGCCCCCGCCUGGGACUUUGGCGGUGAAGCGAACCAAUUCGUGACCCUGAACGACGGCCUCUCCGGCCCCGCCUACUGGCCCCAAGACCGCGAAGAACUGCUCAAGCAAAUCAUCCCAGCCGCCAACUCCUCCCUCUUCGGCCCCACCGAGAACGGGGACUACUACCUACGCCAACAAUGGAUCAUCCCCCGCACUCAUAACUUCUCCCAACCAGACUCCGUCUCCACACUGCACCCUCUCCUCAUCCUCUCCACAUCCUACGACCCCAUCUGUCCCCUCGUCUCCGCCAAAGCCGCCAACGACGCGUUCGUGGACUCCAAGAUUGUGGAGGUAGAGGGAUACGGGCAUUGCUCUGUUGCUGUGGCGUCGACGUGUCUUGCUAAGCAUGUUAGGAAGUUCUUGUAUGAGGGGAAGCUACCGGAUGAGUAUACGAAGUGUGAGGUUGAUGGGAGUUAUUUUAUUGUGCCAGAGGAGGAUGGGAAGGUUGUGGCGCAGAGGGAGUUUGAGGACGAGGAGGAGGGGAGGAUACAUUUGGCGCAGUUGGAGAUGGCGAGGGAUUGGUGGACGUGGUAG